GCAGAACAGCUGAAUAUUAUUUCAGGUAAUUUUCUAAUUUUAAUUGUAUAUGCAAAUAGUAUUAUGGACUUGCAUGUUUUUAAUUAAAUAGUAGUAAUUAUUGAAUCUAUAAUUUCAUUUCAGAUUAAUGGAUGAGGUGGUUGAAGAAAUUGGAGAGGAGAAUGUUGUUCAAGUAGUGACUGAUAAUGAAGCUGCAAUGAAGGCAGGAGGAAAAUUAUUGAUGCAGAAGAGGCCCAAUCUCUAUUGGACAGCAUGUGCAGCUCAUUGCAUAGACCUUAUUCUUGAAGAUAUUGGUAAGAAAAGUAACGUGAAGAAGGUCUUAGAAGAUGCAAGAACAAUAACCUCAUUUAUUUACAACCACACAUGGACAGUGAAUUUCAUGAAGAAAUUCACAAAUAAUAGAGAGUUACUUCGCCCUGCCAUCACUCGAUUUGCCACAAAUUUCAUUGCUUUGGAGACUAUUGUCAGGCAUAAACAAGCACUAAGGGAAAUGUUUACAUCUGAUGCUUGGAAAAACUCAAGAUUUGGAAUGGCAAAAUCAGGCCCAGCAUAUGAUUCGAAGAAAAUUAUCUUAGGCAAAGAGUUUUGGCAAAAGGCCUCUGAUAUAAUUAAAGUGCAAGAACCCUUGGUGAAAGUUCUUAAAUUGGUUGAUGGUGAUGAAAAACCAACCAUGGGCUUCAUAUACGAGGCAAUUGAUAGGGCGAAGUUGGCCAUUCAAAAAGAUUGCCGGUUUUACAAAGAUUAUUGGAAAAUUAUUGACAACCGGUGGAGUUUUCAGUUGCACCAAGAUUUGCACGCUGCUGGGUAUUUUUUGAACCCACAAUUUCUUUAUGGUGCCCCACCCUCUCCUGAAGUUGCUAGAGAAGUCAUGGAUGGAGUUAAAAAAGUGAUAACCAAGUUGGUACCCGAUAUAGAUACUCAAAUUCGGGCUAUUAAUCAAUUGUUGCUAUAUCGAGAUAGGCAGGAGACUUUUGGAACCCCAUUGGCUCAAAGGGCAGUGAAACAAACAAAUCCUGCUGAAUGGUGGAUUCAUUAUGGCUUGUGUGCUCCUGAACUCCAAAGAAUAGCAAUUAGAGUUCUUAGCCAGACCACAUCAGCUUCGAACUGUGAGCGUAAUUGGAGCACCUUUAGCCUCAUCCAUACGAAAACAAGAAAUAGAUUAAAGUACAUGAGACUACAAAAACUUGUUUUCGUACAUUACAACAUGAGGUUAAAGUUAAGACGUACAAUGAGAAGAAGCCAACGAGAAAUUGAAGAGGGUUUCAAUCCUAUCAAUUUGGACUACAUUUUCGAAGAAGAUGAUCCUUUAAGUCAAUGGUUAGAGGAGAGAGAGACACCACUACUCGACGGUCAGGACAAUUCAAAUUGGUUAAAUGAAGAGGUUGGUGGUACUACAGAAGGAGGUGAUCAACCACCAAUAAACGCGCAUGAUGAUUCAAGUUCAAGCCCUGAACGUACACAAAGUGAUGACAAUCUUGGUUUGAGCCCACCAAGUGAUGAUGAUGGUAAUAGUGGUGCUGGAGCUGGGGUUGGGGGGGGUGGCAGUGGUGGUGGUGGAGGCGGCGGUGUAGAAUAUAAUUAUGGAUAUGAUACAGGGACAUCAUUUGGAAGGGAUAUAUAUCCUUCUGAUCCUUAUGGACUACAUGACAUACCUGAAAAUUAUGACUUGGGUAUUCCUCCAGGGAACCAAUCUUCCCAACCCAGGAGAAGGAGUGCUCGUGGUGACCCUAACGAUUCUACUGAAGAUUCAUAUGGUGUGGUUCGUAGUUUUGGCGACUUUGGUUUAGAUGGUUCAUCAUCACAAUCAUAUGGAUCUCAUCCAGCAUAUCCACAUUAUGCAUCUCGUGACUCACAUUUUUAUCCCAGUGGAUCAGGAAUCUCAGGAUCUAGUGAGUUUUCUUCUACACACUACCCAGAGCCAGCCCCUGCCCCAACUUAUAGACAUUAUUCAGGAGAAUUUUCAUCACCAGUACAUUUUCAAGAGCAACAACAAAAUGACGUAAACUUGGGUUCAUUCAACUAUGUAUUUCCACAAGGAUGGGGAGAUAAUUUCCCAUCCCAAUCCCAAGAUACAGAUGCAAAUUAUGAAGACCCUCCACGUCAUUCUUUUUGGUGGUGACAUGUGUUAUGUUACAAAUUUGUAAUAUUGUAUUCAUGUAUUUUCAACUAUUUAUUGAUAUUUGAUAUUAAUCACUUUUUAAAUUCAU